GCAUUUAAGACUAGGAAAGACGCCAGGAAGCCAACCAUUCUCCAGUCUGUGGUCUGCAGUCGAGUGACCCACGCACGCACGCACAAAAAGCACACGCAGGCAGACAUGCGUUUAAUAUUAUUGUUUUCAAUUCUCUUUGUAAUCGCCCAGCAAGUCCUAUCCUUGGGCAGAGUGGUGCAAACCAGGCACACAUCAGUGGAGGUAGAAUGGAUGGAUAACGGCAACGAUGGAUAUGACGAGUAUUCGCUGGAGCAAGACGCUGAGGAGGAGGAGGAUGGCGAUGACAAUGACGAUGAAGAGCAGCUGCUGCUGCUGAAAGCUGCCGAAAACCCCGUGGAUGAGGAUGAGGAUAGCUGCGAGCACAGCUGCCCGCGCUACUACCGUCCCGUCUGUGUCCUGCGCAACCACCAGCUGGUGACCUAUGCCACGCCCUGCGAGUACUACAAUCAGCUGCGAUGCACCAGUGUCCGCCAGCGGCAGGGCCAGACAGUGCCCACCUUUCAGUUUCAAUACAAUGGAGCGUGUCAUCAGUGAAGAAUACAAAUAAUAAUAUUGAUAAUAAUUGAUUCUUUGGGUGUACAAGUAAUCGUAAACACUAGGUUUAACUUAAUUUACAAAAAAAAAAAAUAUCUUGUCUUUCCCCGAAUGUCUCGCUGAAAACUAAACCGAUUUCAUUAUGACA